AUGCUAUUACGGUACUUGGAAGAAAAAAGCAAUCCGUCAAGCAAAGCUCGUAGCUGUGGUGCAGCCAUGCGAUCUAUGUGUAUUGGUCUACGCUACCCGAGACCAGAACAACUAGAUGACUUGAUUACUGUUAGUAUUGAAAGUGGACGAAUGACCCAUCACCACCCGACUGGGUUCCUUGGCAGUUUGGUAUCAGCAUUAUUCACAGCUUACGCAGUUCAAGGCAAACCAGUAAAUAAGUGGGGAGCUGGCCUAAUAGAAUGCUUGCCCAAAGCCAUGCAAUAUAUAGAAACUACUGGGAGAUAUGUGUCGGAAUGUAAAUCUGAAUGGUCUUAUUUUGAAGACAAGUGGAGGGAUUAUCUCAAACUGCGUAAGAUUGAUGAAGGUGAAUCUGAACCAGAAUUUCCUGACAUAUUUGACGUUGAAGAAAGAGACUUGUUUUAUAUAUAUAUGGCUAGUGGCCAUGAUGCACCAAUGAUAGCGUAA